CUUUUUCAAAAUAUUACUAAGAUCCGAAUAAAUCUAGUUUGAUUAUAUUGGGGCACACGUGACAGGUCCACAGAUGAAAAUGGCGGAACAAGCAGGCUUCAGUCAGAUAAAGGAAAACAUUUCCAUAGAAGGCAAGGACUUCUCCUUCUUCAACCUUACAGCACUUAAUGACAGUCGGUAUGACAAACUGCCGUUUUCUAUACGAGUGUUGCUGGAGUCAGCCGUGCGAAACUGUGAUGGUUUCCAGGUGAAACGUGGUGAUGUGGACAAUAUUCUCAGCUGGGAGGAGAAUCAGGGAAAGAGUGUGGAAAUACCUUUCAAACCAUCCAGGGUGAUACUUCAGGACUUUACGGGUGUACCUGCUGUUGUGGACUUUGCGGCAAUGCGUGAUGCUGUCAAGCGACUUGAUGGUGAUCCCAACAAAAUCAACCCUGUUUGUCCAGUUGACCUUGUCAUUGACCAUUCAAUACAGGUGGACGUUGCCCGCAGUUUGUUGAAUUCUCCUAAUCCUGGUGGAGGUCAAAGUUCGUGUCAAAGGUUAGGGUCAGCCUCUUGCUCGCAGUGUUCACUACUAAAAAGGCAGCCAUAUGUUUGCCCUGGACAGCAGCAGGCAGGUGUAAACGCAUUAGAGAAAAAUCAAGAGCUGGAGUUUGAGAGAAACAAGGAACGCUUCGUGUUCCUCAAGUGGGGAGCUAAAGCCUUAAAAAAUAUGGUGAUUGUCCCCCCUGGUUCUGGAAUCGUCCACCAGGUGAACCUGGAGUAUCUGGCCAAGGUGGUGUUUGACUCUGACAAUAUAUUGUACCCUGACAGUCUGGUUGGUACAGAUUCUCACACCACAAUGAUUAAUGGCCUUGGUGUGGUAGGCUGGGGUGUCGGAGGGAUAGAGGCUGAAGCUGUCAUGUUAGGACAAGCCAUUAGCAUGGUCCUACCACAAGUUGUUGGGUACAAACUGACUGGACUGGUCAACCCUUUGGUCACCUCCACGGAUGUUGUACUGACCAUCACCAAGAACCUGAGACAAAUUGGAGUUGUUGGAAAGUUUGUGGAGUUUUUUGGCCCUGGUGUAGAACAUUUGUCCAUUGCUGAUCGGGCUACAAUCUCUAACAUGUGUCCAGAGUACGGGGCCACAAUAGGAUUUUUCCCCGUCGACGGGAAAAGUCUGGAAUAUCUGCGUCAGACAGGUCGUCAUGGUGACAAGAUACAACAGAUAGAGAAAUACCUCCAAGCCGUUCAUAUGUUCCGUAACUAUGGUGACUCAUCCCAAGAUCCAGUUUUUUCACAGAUUGUGGAGCUUGACCUUUCUACGAUUGUAUCGUGUUGUUCUGGCCCAAAACGGCCUCAUGACAAGGUGGCUGUGACGGACAUGAAAACAGACUUCCAGGCUUGUCUCAACAACAAAGUCGGCUUCAAGGGUUUUGCCAUUCCCUCGGAUCGCCAGUCUGUUACUGCCCCAAUUGUUUCCGAUAACCAAGAGUACCUUCUGUCACAUGGCUCCAUUGUCAUAGCAGCCAUCACCAGCUGUACGAACACCAGUAACCCGUCCGUCAUGUUGGGGGCGGGGCUCCUAGCGAAGAAAGCAGUGGAGGCAGGGCUUAGUGUAAAUCCAUACAUCAAGACAAGUUUGUCGCCGGGCAGUGGGGUGGUCACAUACUAUCUCAGGGAGAGUGGAGUCACGCCCUACCUAGAGAAACUGGGAUUUGAUAUCGUGGGUUACGGCUGCAUGACUUGUAUAGGAAACAGUGGCCCUCUACCAGAGCCAGUAUCAGAGGCCAUAGAAAAGAAUGACUUAGUAGCAUGUGGUGUGCUGUCUGGGAAUCGAAACUUUGAAGGACGGAUCCAUCCUCUGACGCGGGCAAACUACCUAGCCUCACCGCCCCUUGUCAUAGCCUACGCACUAGCAGGAACAGUCCUUAUCGACUUUGAAACUCAACCUUUAGGCACUGACAGUGAAGGGAAAGACGUGUUUCUCAGGGAUAUCUGGCCGACACGGGAGGAAAUCCAGGAAGUAGAGAAGCAGUUUGUGGUUCCUGCCAUGUUCACAGAUGUUUACUCAAGGAUUACAGCUGGUAAUAAAAGAUGGAACGCUCUCGAGGCUCCGUCGGAUAUCUUGUAUCCUUGGGAUCCAAAGUCCACCUACAUCAAGUCUCCGCCGUUCUUUGAGACUAUGACAAGAGAGCUUCCCUCUCAGACAGGAUUGAAAGAUGCAUGUGUAUUGCUGAACCUUGGUGACUCCGUCACCACUGAUCACAUAUCCCCCGCAGGAAGUAUCGCCAGAAACAGCUCUGCUGCCCGCUACCUGGCAUCUCGAGGAUUGACUCCGAGACAAUUCAACUCCUAUGGCUCCCGACGUGGUAAUGAUGCAGUGAUGACACGGGGUACCUUUGCUAACAUUCGAUUGGUCAAUAAGUUUGUUUCUAAAGCAGGACCAAGGACUGAAUUUUUACCCAAUGGAGAAGAGAUGGACAUCUUUGAUGCAGCGGAGCGGUAUCGCAGUGAAGGACAACAAGUAAUUGUAUUGGCCGGGAAAGACUAUGGAUCAGGUUCAUCACGAGACUGGGCCGCUAAAGGUCCUUGGAUGUUGGGCAUCAAGGCUGUGAUUGCAGAGAGCUAUGAGAGGAUACAUCGUAGUAACCUAGUUGGUAUGGGAAUCAUUCCAUUCCAAUACCUGCCUGGCCAGACGGCCGAUAGCCUUGGGCUGACUGGCAGAGAACGGUUUACGGUGGACCUCCCAGCAGAUAUCAAGGCUGGUCAGAUCAUGUCUGUGAAGCUAAACGACGGACGUAUGUUUGAUGUUUGUUGUCGAUUUGACACAGAUGUUGAGUUGACCUACUUCAGACAUGGAGGCAUCCUAAAUUAUAUGAUUCGACAGAUGUUGUAGCUUCACCAGCCAUAACGCUUAUCUCCAAGGUGAUAUUAGAUGGUUGGACGUCAGUAUCCAUGGUGAUGUGGGAUAGAUCCUUGAUUUGAUUGGACGUCAGUAUCCAUGGUUAUGAGAUAGAUUACAUGAUUUGAUUGGACGUCAGUAUCCAUGGUGAUGAGAGAUAGAUCCUUGAUUUGAUUGGACGUCAGUAUCCCUGGUUAUGAGAUAGAUUACAUGAUUUGAUUGGACGUCAGUAUCCAUGGUGAUGAGAGAUAGAUCCUUGAUUUGAUUGGACGUCAGUAUCCAUGGUUAUGAGAUAGCUUACAUGAUUUGAUUGGACGUCAGUAUCCAUGGUUACUUGGACGUCAAAUGCAAUAAUGAAGAAACACAGUAACUUCUGAUGUUAUGGUCACUGUGUAAAUAUGGUAAUUAACUUGUAACCAUGGCAACAGUAGGAACGGUGUUUAUAGAAAUAUGUGAUAGUGUUGAUGAGGUGUUGUAGAGAAAUUUGUGUUAUUUUUAUGAGAAAGUGAGAGAGAAUAGAA